AUGUCAUCAACAAACGAACCUCCGACCGUCAUCUCGUCGGCGCAGACCCCCGAGGAAGAGUGCAAUAUCGCCGUAGCAAGACAGUAUAUGUCAAUCGCGUACUCCCCGACAGAAAACCACGGCGCCGAGUCCGUCCGCCACCUCUGCACCACCGACAGUUGGUUCUGGAGCCCUUCCACAUUUCCUGGAUGUUCCACCCCAAUGGACUACGCCGAAUCGCACGCUCAUGUGAUGGCAUCCGUCAACGACUUGCACAUUGUGCGGUAUGACCAGGCGUGGGCCAAGAACGGUCAUGUUCUCUUGCGAUAUACGGCGGAAGGGUCCCACUCGGGAGAGCCGUAUCAGGGCAUUGAGCGGUCGGAUCCACCGAGAAAGGCGCGAUGGAGUGCGUCCGCUAUUUUUGAGAUUGAGGACGGGAAGGUGAAGAGCUUUACGAAGGAUUGGGACCAGAAGGUUAUGCAGAUUCAACUUGGUUGGGCGCCUGUUGGGGAGAGUAAGGAUCCUCGGUGGGAUCGAGAAAUGCUGGCGCAGCCUGAGCUGGCUUGGGGUGAGAAGUGA